CAUUAGCCAGGUGUGAUGGUGCAUGCCUAUAGUCCCAGCUACCUGAGAGGUUGAAGCAGGAGGAUCGCUUGACUCCAGGAAUUUGGGACUCCACUGUACUACAGCCAGGGUGACAGAGUGAGAUCCUGUCUCUUAAAAAACAAACAAAAAACCCAGCAGAAAAUAAUAAUUUGCAAAGAUUCUUCUCCAAUUUGGACAGAUUAAAAAGAAUUUUGGGAAACAGCAUGGGGAAAUGAUUUACCAGUACAUUGGUAAUGGGAGUAAAAUUUGCAUAAAAUUUUUGAGGAGGAAUUUAGCAGUGUGUACAAAAGCCUUGGGUGUAUGUUCUCUUUAACCUAAUACUUCUACUUUAUACAUUCAUAAAUGGUGACAUAAGCCAUCUGUGUCAGAUAGAAGACAUUUAUCAUUCUUUUUAGCUGCCCCAAAUCUGAACCUCCUUUCUCUAUUUGUGGUAUUCCCCCUAAUGAGUGAGUCUUAUCAGAUAUUUAUUUUGGUUGUCUAACUACCUCCUACCUAUCCCCAUAAAGUGUAAGUUCUAUAAAGAUAGGUAGUUUGUUCCCUAUUGUAUUCCCAGGGUCUAGAACUGGUUAUAGCUCAUGGUAGAUACUCAAUAAAAAGAACUUGAAAGCCAACUACUAACUUUUCCAGCCUCACUUGCAGCUAGGUUGUGAGCAAAUGGCUUGGCCUUAGUUAGAUGAAUCUGUGCUAGAUUUGAACUUGGUAAUAAAGAUGUAAAAACCAGGACCUGUAGAAGAUUCUUAUCCUGCAACAGGGUUUAGGAUGAUGAAGGUUCCUGGUGUAAAAGUCAGUGCCACAAGCUGAAGUGUGGUGGUCAGCAGUGACUUCAGACCUGUUCUACUCACACAGUUUACAUAAAUCCUAGCCUCCCUGAUGAUUCUGUGAUCAUAAUAUUCAUUUCUUAAAAUUUUGUUUACUGAAUUUUUAAAUUGAAAUAUAUGUAUUUUAUACAAAAGAAUGUAUCAAUGAAAUAAGGAUUGUUUAAAGGUAAGCAUCUGUUUACCCUCCAGAUUUAAGAAAUAGACUACAACCGGUACCUUAAAAGCUUCCUGUUUAUCCUUCAUCCCCACUCCCAUGGGUUACCACUAUCUUAAACUUAUUAUCACUCUUUUCUCUAUAAUUUUCCCAUACAUAUAUCACUAAAGAAUAUAUUAUUUGGUUUUGGUUUUGGUUUUGGAAUCAUAGCAAAUGUUUUCUUUUAUGACUUAAUUUUUUUAGUUUUUAAAUUCAUACAUUGCUUAUAUUCAGCUGCUGUGUACUUGUAUGGCUGCACCUAUUCUUAUAAUACUUGGUGUCCAUUAUGACUGGUCAGGGCCUAUGGUACCUGUUGUUAAAUACUUUGAAAAUCAUCCCUGGAUUGACUCAUUUUAUGUGUAUCCUGUAUAACAUUCUAUUAUGUGAAUUUACUGUGAUUUAUUUAUCCAUUCCAGUAUUGGUGACUAUUUGAAUGUUUCUAAUUUUUUGCUAUUAUAAGCAAUGCUGCAAUGAGCAUUCUUGUAACAUGCCUCCUAUUGUACAUCCAUAGGAUCAUGUACAUAGGGCAUAUACCAAAGAAUGAAAUGCUGAGUCACUUGUCUAUUGAAGACAAUGAAGUAUAUUUGCCUAAUGAUGAAAUUUGGACCUAUGAUAUUGAUAGUGGGUUAUGGAGAAUGCACCUAAUGGAAGGAGAACUCCCUACCUCCAUGUCAGGAAGCUGUGGUGCUUGCAUUAAUGGAAAGCUGUACAUUUUUGGAGGAUAUGAUGACAAAGGAUACAGCAAUCGACUUUAUUUUGUUAAUUUGCGAACAAGAGAUGGAACCUACAUUUGGGAAAAAAUCACCAACUUUGAAGGACCACCACCCACACCACGUGAUAAACUUUCCUGUUGGGUAUAUAAAGACAGAUUAAUAUAUUUUGGUGGUUAUGGGUGUAGGAGACACAAUGAACUCCAAGACUGUUUUGAUGUUCAUGAUGCGUCUUGGGAAGAGCAGAUAUUCUGGGGAUGGCAUAAUGAUGUCCAUGUAUUUGACACAAAGACACAGACUUGGUUUCAACCAGAAAUUAAAGGUGGAGUUCCACCACAGCCACGAGCCGCGCAUACAUGUGCAGUUCUUGGAAAUAAAGGUUAUAUCUUUGGCGGACGUGUUUUGCAAACUAGGAUGAAUGAUUUGCACUAUCUAAACUUAGAUACCUGGACUUGGUCUGGAAGGAUUCCUGUUAAUGGAGAAAGCCCCAAGCAUCGGUCAUGGCAUACUCUAACACCAAUAGCUGAUGAUAAGCUUUUCCUAUUUGGUGGACUAAGUGCAGAUAAUAUUCCAUUAAGUGAUGGUUGGAUUCAUAAUGUCAUGACAAAUUGUUGGAAACAGCUUACACAUUUACCUAAAACAAGACCUAGGUUAUGGCACACAGCCUGUUUGGGAAAAGAAAAUGAAAUAAUGGUAUUUGGUGGGAGCAAAGAUGAUUUACUUUCCUUGGAUACAGGUCACUGUAAUGAUUUAUUGAUCUUUCAAACACAGCCUUAUUCACUACUCAGGUCAUGUCUUGACUGUAUUGGUAAAAAUGCUAUUAUUUUAGAAAGUCAGAUAUCUUUAUUACCUCCUAAACUUCUGCAACAAGUUCUCAAAAAAAUAACAUUUUGGACUGCAGCUAAUCACCGAGAAGAACAAAGAGUCCAAAAAGAAGAAACAGAAAAUAAAUAUCAGUGGAUCAGUAGCAAUUAAAUUGUUAUAUACUCUAUAUAUUUAAUGUUUAACAUUUCAAUCAGACUAUACAUUUACACUCCCAAAUUGCAGACUUUAUUUAAAUGAUAAAAUUUGAAAUAAAAAUGUUCUGUCGAAGUGAUUAUAUGCUAUGGGAUAUAUGGAAAAAAGAUGUUAAUGCAGAUUAAUUUAUAUUUAUAUUUGUAAACAAAUUUUCUUAUAUGCUACAGAACAAAUAUUCUUUCUGAAAGUAAGUACAGUUAUAACAGAUUUUAACUCAAUGUGUACUCUUUACUGGAAAGAUUACACAAAUUUGAGAACAAGAAAUUACCCCCAAGGACUCAGAAAUCUUCAAACCAAAUACUACAUAUCAACUUUCAGAAAGAAUAAAUUUUCUCAAGUCAUUUUAAAGUUACCUAAGCUUCUCCUUAAAUAACUAAGUUAUUAAAUAACUUUUUUUUAAAUAACUAAUGUAUCUGGCCAAAAAUUAUAAAAUCGGCAAAUACUUGUAUGGUAUUAAAUAUUGAACUCCUCCCCUUUUAGCACUUAACUAGUAGAGUAUUCUUAAGCAUCAUUGUAACUUUUCCUCACUUUUAUUUGAGUAGGGAAUAAAUGUCUUCAAUUGUCUCUCCAUUACCUCUAAGUUAUUAGUUUGUCCAGUCUAUAUACAGAGAGAAAGACCAUAUUUUAAAAUGUAUACAGUGGAGGUUUAUUUGUCAUACAGGCUUUACAUAUUGAGAAGCACUAUAUUUAUUAACUUUCGAGACAUAUUAAAAUACAUUUUACCUUGGAAGAGUGCUUGUAAAGUAAUUUUUGUAAGUAAGGAAAUGGGAUGUCAAUCUAGUAAUUUGACUUUAUGGAAACGCUUCAUUUUGGCCCACAUCAUUCUACAGCAUUGAUGCUUAAGACACAAAGAUGUUGAAAAUCUAGUAUCUUCCCUUUUAUGUUUAGCAUUACUAUCUACACAGAAAUGGAACACUGUAUAUAUUCCUCAGAAUGGUACUUUUGCCAUAAUCAAGACAUUUUUCUUCAAAGUAUCAUAAUCAUGCCCUUUCAUUGAAUUAUUAAUUAUAAUUAAUUACUAAAAAGCUUGGUAUGUUAAAUUACUCUCCAUAAUAUCACCAUGCAAGUAAUCUCUGAAAAUUAAAAUGUUGGAAAAAGUAUAUUUCUAUAUUGAAAUAUAUAUAUAAUUUGUAAUGAAAAUUUAGUAGUUCAUAGUAUUUCAUUAAAAUUUAGAAAUAUAUUUCAUAUAUAUGUACUGUAUUUUGGAUGUGUAAAGCUUCUAUUUAUGUAUUGAAAUAUUUUUUUAUACUUUAUUUAUUGUAUAAAGUAUAUAGAAUUACUGUUUUCAUUUUUGUCAAUGUGAACCAGUCAUUAGAGUUCAUUGUG